UUAUUUUUUUAACAGGAACCUUUGCUUAACGAAAUGAAACACAAUCUGGUGUGUCAGACACCUCCCACUGUCACUGUUCAUGUAAAAUCGAGUGCAUCCAGAUCACAUCAGCAAAAAAAACUUACUAGACUAAAGAGACCUGCUUUUAAAGACCAUCAAGAAAAUUGUGAGAAAGGGGUUCCUAGUCAGAAAUAUAAAUGUCCAAAGGGACCAUGUCUAGUUAUUCAGCGUCAGGAAAUGACAGCUUUCUUUAAAUUAUUUGAUGACGAUCUAAUCCAAGACUUCCUUUGGAUGGACUGUUGCUGUGAAAUUGCUGACAAGUAUCUCUUGGCAAUGACUUUCGUUUAUUUCAAGAGAGCUAACUUCACACCAAGUGAGCAUACCAGAAUCAAUUUCUUUGUUGCUCUGUAUCUGGCAAACACAGUUGAAGAAGACAAUGAAGAAGCAAAGUAUGACAUUUUCCCAUGGGCUUUGGGCAAGGCCUGGAGAAAGCUCUUCCCUGAUUUCUUAAAGUUAAGAGAUCAGCUAUGGAGUAGAAUUGACUACAGGGCUAUUGUAAGCAGACGCUGCUGUGAAGAGGUGAUGGCUAUUGCUCCCACACAUUACAUAUGGCAGCGAGAGCGCUCUGUGCACCACAGCGGAGCUCUGAGGAAUUACGAUGAUGAAGUCCAGCUGCCCCGAGGCCCCAGUGCUACUCCUACCGACUGCCUGCUCUGUGGUAAGAAAGGCAGAUUUGUACGACUCGGAUUAUCAUCUUCCUCCUCAUCUGCUGACACCUUGGAGAUGAUGGAAUUACAUUCAUCCCAGAAAUCGAAGGACACCUUCUCAGCUGAAAAAAUGUUCAUCGACUCUCCUUCUUAUAAAGCCCAAGACUGUCAGAGCCUGUCCAGCAAAAGGCAACCAUGUAGCACCCUGAACCAAGAUAAAUCCAUGGAUUGGUUUACAAGCAAUGGAGAAUGAAAUACACCUGAUAAGACAGAAGCAGAUACUGUGACUUGCAGAACAAUCUGGGCUGCAUCACACCACCAGAUGUGAUGAUACACUUAAAAUUUCUCCCUUUAUAUAGUGGGGUAAUGAUUGGUGUUUUAAACUUGAUGCGAGAUAGAUAUCAGAGCAGUCGUUACUUAAAAGUUACACAACUUGCAAAAUGUAGCAUCUACUUUGUAAUGUUUUAUUUUAUUCUGAUACAAUAUUCAAAUUAGCAGCUAGGGAGGCAGCAGCAUCAAGAAAGCAGUGGUCGAAACUUUCUCAGCUUGGUAAGGAAUGCUAAUUAAAAAACAAAAAGUUACUACUUCAGCAUUUCAAUAUACAAGGAUUAUUUUAUUAUUAUAAGUUUUAUGAUUUCAUGAUAUAGGAACAUAUCAAAUGCUAGUACAAAAAAAAAAAAAACAAGUAUUUUUUUUAAAUAAAAAUACCACAAAACAUUCAAGAUAAACAUUUUCCAAGUGUCUCACCUGAAUGAGCUUCCUGACAGUGGGAUGGUCGGGCAAUGUAAGGUACUGAGUGGUUUGUUGCAGCAGCAUCACAAAGUGAUUCUGUGAGAAGGACAUUUUUUUUUUUACUUCGUUCCCACAACUUUAAGACCUACAUGGAGACUAGAGUUGACAAUGUGCAUGGAAUAUUUUUCUCUGACAUAUUUUCUUUUUUUUGUUGUCACCUAUCAGUAUAUUCAGAACUCUUUGCUCUAGUAUGCAUUUUACAGAUCUAUACUGUAAAUAUAUAUAUGGCAUCAUUUUUGGAUUUGCCAGAACAGCAUAAUUUUAAAACAGAGCAUGCUGGCACCGUUUCUCCUAAAGAAUCCUUAAGUCCAUCAGCAUACUCAAAAGCAGCUAUAGGAUGAGUAUAAAGAACUGAAUUUUAUUAAAAACCAAAAAUUUGAAAACAGUAGUAGAAGGGCAGUCAUUCUUUAUUGCAGAUUGCAAUUUAUUCUCUAUUUAGCCCAGAUUUUUAAUAAGAUAUUUAAACUUAAAUAACAAUUAAUAGUCUUUUUUAAACCUGACAAGGUCUAGGGCUGUCCAAAACCUUGCCUAUUCUCAGCUGACCUAAGAAAAAAUACUGCCUCUUCCUAUACCAGAUUAUCAAAGUGCAGUAAUAGGGUAUCUCAGUAGCAGUAAAGUUCUUACCAUUGUAUUUGCUUUCUUUAAGAACUGCUUGAUCCUGAAUAUGGAUUUCUUCAUACUCAUUUUGAGGGGGUUCUUCAAUAUUUUCUUGAGUUUCCACCAUUUGGCUUGAUUUGCAAUGCUUGAUUUUAGCAGGGAGUACUGACCAGCUUCUGUGAGUUACCUCAAUUAUCCUUUCACA